CAAACGCUUAGUGAUUGUGGGGCCUCGAUUCCUGAAUCAUUUUAGGUGGGGUGACUUUCUCAGGGUCACGAGCGCGUGAUUUGAUGCCGGCAAGCCGCCAAGGGCACUGGUAUUUACAUUUCAGUCUCUGAGACUGGAUGUUUGAUAUGAACGCACUUAUCAGUGCAGUCGGCGUGCUGCGUGAAGAGUUGCCCAAGCUCCACGAAGUGCUCGGUCACGUAGAGCAGUUUGGCCAUUUUCAACAGAGCCAAAAUGAAACCAACGAACAGCUUCGACAGUUCACGGAGAUCUUUCAGGAGUUUAGGACAAUACAAUUGAACACAAAUGAGCAGUUAUUGGUGCAGCACCAGGAACUAUCGAACAGAAUAAGUAAUCUGGAAGGGACUAUAAUGGCUGGGCGGGCCGCAUAUGCUUUCCUUCCGUCGGUUUCCGGUGGCUCAGGGAACACAGCGACCUCAGACACUCAAUACCCGUCACCCCAAUCCAUGAUACUUACACUUCCACGGGAUGAUGGUGAAAUGUCUGUCGAUUCGGUUGUUGCGGAGGAUGCGGACGAGGAAAGUCUCCGAAAAUUGCGUGAAGAAUUAAUGGGGGGGCCUGAAGAUAUCCGUACUAUUAUUGAGAUGGUUUCCGGCUCGAAUGGAAUUUCCCAUGCACCGGGACGGGUCCCGCUGAAUGAGCCACGAUCUGGCAGUCCCAGUACGUCAGAGGGUACUCUACGCACACGCACCGUUAGUCGAUCAUCUGACACGCAGACUGAACGAAGCCCAAGGAAGUCAUCAAUGAAUUCAGCAGUCCCUCGACGUUCUCGUCCCCCCCUGAGGGCUGAAUCGGAAGCCACCCAUGCCACCGGAACACAGAAGCAACUAGAGACCUCCGGUCAUCCACCCAAAUCAAACAAAAAUCCUUUCAGGAGACAACUGGGUACAUCAGACAUGUCAGAAUCGCUACAAGCCUCCACCAAACCCUCGAGUCCGAGUUCGAGCUCUGCUCCCGCGACACAAGUUAUCACGGGUGCGUCUCAUCGGGCUCAAGCAAUGCUUUCCCCAAUGCCAACUCGAGCCUCGACUCCGAUCGCGGAGGCGCCAAUGACGCAAGUCGAAUCAGGGCCCCCAGUGAUUCCACAGCACUCGGUGGCCUCGCCGGUACGGCUCCCUCAGCCCCCGCCAUUGGCUUCAACAUCGGGAUCACCGUCGUUAUCCAGGCCCCAACGGCGUUUGUUCGAGUGUAUAAGAGAGUUGUCGGAUGGACAUCCAGAAGGGGUACACAUCAACGCCGUUGUCACGACCCUCCAGAAGAGAGAUGAUAGUUGGACUCCAGAGGCAAUCCUGGAUGCCUUCGAUUUUCUUGUGGAUAAUGGCUACAUAAUCCCUACUGAGGAUGACGAGGUGGGCUCGUCGUUUUCCUCUCAACUAGCUCGGUGUCAAAUAAUCACCUUUAGAGCUUCACAAUCGCUUGAUCGCUUGAAUCGUCAGUCCGCCGCCUGCCAUACCCAAGCUCUUUGUGGCUCCAUCCGUAUCUUGUCUACAACUUUCCACACCCUAUACCCAC